GCAGUAUGACAUGAAUGAUUUUGGAUAUGAAUCUACUAAUAAUCAGCACAUUUUCAGCAAGCUGGUUAAUCAAUAUGCAAACAAUGCUAAUUGCAGUGCAGCAGAUAUCAAGAGCGGAGUUACCAACACAGUGAAGACUCAACUGGAAGAUAAAUCAACUUCUGGAAAAUUAAAACGUAAAUACAGUAGAGAGAGGGAAAACAAGGGUUAUGAUAAGAACCCAAAAAAGCUCAAGGUGACGCCUAGACCGGACGCACCACCACCAGUGAGUUUUAAAGAGCUUCUUGUAAUUGCUCGCAAGAAGCAGUCACUGCCUCUUGCAAACUUGAAGGAUGGAAAAAAAGAGAAAGACAAAGGCAUAUCACAGAAAUACUUUGGUCGGCCUCUGACUGCCAUAGAGAAACUAAAGCUGGAAGACGAGAGAAGACGUAAGCUAAAAUGGUUGGGAAAAUUGCCACAAGACAAAACCGGAGUUGAAAAGCCCCAGAAAAAGGAACAAAAGGCUGAUGUAAAAGAUUCACCAAAACUGAGUAAGAAGGGUGAGAUUAUAAAGAAACAAGAAAAUACUGCCAAAUUAAACCAAGCUCUCGAGGAGCCCAAACAAGAAUCUAAAGUAGCGGACAGAAUGAAGUUAUUUGCAACUGCGGGACAUUGGCCUCGGGAUCAUCCUCAAAUCAAAGGAAUCAAACCUGUGCAAAAUUCCAGACCAGCGCCUUCAGAACCUCAAACUUCUAUUGGUAAAGAUAUGAAGCCUCAGAAGCCUAGAUAUAUGCAAACAAAAGACAUGAAACCAUUAAGACCACAGAAGAUUCCACAUCCCAAACUGCGCAUUGCCAGUGAUUCAGAAGAGGAGGAAGACUCUGAUAUGGAUGAUUUCAUUGACGAUGGAGAUCAAGGGAUAGAUUUCUCGAGGGAAAUCAGAAACCUAUUUGGCUAUGAUAAGAGAAAGUAUCGGGAUGAAGUUGAUGACUGCGGUGAUAUGGAGGCAUCUUUCUCUCAGGUGCAAAAAGAAGAGAGAAUAUCUGCCAAAAUUGGACUUAAAGAAGAUCUUGAGGAUAUUCGACGAGAAGAAGAAGAGAGGAAGAGGAAGAUUGUGAGAAAGAAGCACUUAAAACCAUCUAAGAAAUGUUAAACGUUAAAAAAAGUUAUGAUUUGAGUACACAA